UAUCCUAUCCUUUGCGAUAGAUUUCUCUUAUCAAAACCCACACCCAAAAAACACACACAAACACCCACCAAUACUCAAAUUCUCACUCGAAAAAACAAAUGGCCUUCUCAUCCACACUAUUCUCUCAAAAUCUGUGUUUCAGAACCACCAAUUCUUCGUACCACUCUUCCAAAUUAUACAACUUACCCACCACCACUACUCGAAGACCCACAACAGUAACCGCAUUAGCAGACACAUCACUAGACACAACAACAUUGGCUGUCAUAAGCACAACAUCAGUAGCCGCAAUAGCCGCCGCAAUCUCCCUUUCCGACCCAGAAAAACGGCGCCAGUUACAAGCUGAAGAAGUCGGCGGGGGAGAUAAAGAAGUGGUGAGAGAGUAUUUCACAAAUGAUGGGUUUCAAAGAUGGAAGAAAAUAUAUGGAGAUACAGAUGAUGUAAAUAAAGUACAGUUGGAUAUACGUAUAGGUCAUGCUAAAACAGUUGAAAGUGUGAUGAAAAUGUUGACGGAUGAGGGUAGUUUGAAAGGUGUGACUGUCUGUGAUGCUGGAUGUGGGACCGGUCUGUUGUCGAUUCCGUUGGCUAAAGAAGGGGCGGUUGUUUUUGCUAGUGAUAUUUCUUCUUCUAUGGUUUCUGAAGCUCAAACUAAGGCAAAGGAAGAACUACAGGGCAAAGACGAUUUUCAGAUGCCAAAGUUUGAAGUGAGUGAUCUAGAAAGCUUAAAUGGGAAGUAUGAUACUGUUGUGUGUCUAGAUGUACUGAUACACUAUCCGCAAAGCAAGGCCGAUGGUAUGAUUGCACACUUGGCAUCUCUUGCUGAAAACCGAUUGAUACUCAGUUUUGCACCCAAAACAUUCUAUUAUGAUCUGCUCAAGAGAAUUGGAGAGCUUUUCCCAGGACCCUCAAAGGCAACAAGAGCAUAUCUUCACUCAGAAGCUGAUAUAGAACGAGCACUGCAAAAGGUUGGCUGGAAAAUAAGAAAGAGGGGUCUCACUACCACACAAUUUUACUUUUCAAGAAUCGUUGAAGCUGUCCGCGCUUAGUAUGAAAAGAGGUCAGAUUGGAAUUCAAUUUUGAAAACUGAAAUCCCAAAUUGUUUUGAUAGCUUCCGUUGUGCAUGUAUCUGUAGCUCAAUGUCCAAUAGUCUAGAUGAUCAAGUAUAUCCUUUUGCAAGGACUCAAGAAUUUGGAGGUAAAAAAAGUACUAAAGAGCUUGUAUCUUUGUGUAUAUUCAUUCGUAUCCAAAUCUAUUCUUAUUGUGUUUUA